GGUGUUCCAUUACCUCCAUUGCCGCCUGGCUUCACUAUGCCCAUGUUCUUCCCGCAACCACCGCAACCACCGACUCCGAGCUCGGCUGAUCUCACUGCUCAAAAGCAGCCAAAACCUCCAAAGAUUAGCAGUUUGACUCCUGAAGAGAAACUGGCUGAGAAGGCUCACAAGUGGAAGGUCAUGAACUCAAAACGAUAUGCUCAGAAGCGUCGUUUUGGAGUCUCGGAAACCCAGAAAGAGAACAUGCCUCAGGAGCAUUUGAGAAAAAUUGUCAAGGAUCAUGGCGAUAUGUCUAGUAAAAAAUACAGAAAUGACAAGCGAAUUUAUUUGGGUGCUCUUAAAUAUGUACCUCAUGCUGUUCUCAAGUUGCUUGAAAAUAUGCCCAUGCCAUGGGAGCAGGUCCGAGAUGUUCCUGUUCUCUAUCACAUUACUGGUGCAAUCACCUUUGUCAAUGAGAUUCCUCGUGUCAUUGAGCCUCAUUACAUUGCUCAAUGGGGAACCAUGUGGAUCAUGAUGCGUAGAGAAAAGAGAGAUCGUCGUCAUUUUAAGCGCAUGCGAUUCCCUCCAUUCGAUGACGAAGAACCUCCACUUGACUAUGGUGACAAUAUUCUUGAUGUUGAACCACUAGAGGCCAUUCAGAUCGAGUUGGAUGAGGAGGAAGAUGCUGCUGUGUACGAUUGGUUUUAUGAGCACAAGGCUCUUGUCGACACUCGGUUUUCUAAUGGAAGCACUUACCGUAACUGGAAUCUUAAUCUUCCCAUCAUGUCGAGUCUAUAUCGUCUUGCACGCCAGCUUCUGUCUGAUUUAGUCGACAAAAAUUACUUUAGUUUGUUUGACAAAUCUGCGUUUUUUACCUCCAAGGCACUAAAUAUGGCUAUUCCUGGUGGGCCAAAAUUUGAGCCACUUUUCAGAGAUGUCGAUCAAGGUGACGACGAUUGGAAUGAGUUUAAUGAUAUCAACAAGAUCAUUAUUCGCCAUCCAUCACGCACAGAAUAUAAAAUUGCUUUUCCCUUUUUGUACAACUCGCUUCCCCGCUCUGUGCAUGUAGGAUGGUACCAUCAUCCUGCAAAUGUGUAUAUUCGAUCAGACGAUCCAGAUCUUCCUGCCUUUUAUUUUGAUCCUAUAAUCAAUCCAAUUUCGUCUCGCACGCUUCAAACCGGUCCCUCUAAUUCGUUUGAGGAUGAGAUUUUUGGUGAUGAGGAUGAGGAUUCUAAUUUUGUAUUGCCUGACAGUGUCAAUCCAUUUUUGGAGCAUCUUCCUUUGUAUACUGAUAGCACUGCUAGUGCUAUUGAGCUUUAUUGGGCACCUCAUCCUUUUGAUAAGCGAAGUGGCAAAAUGCGUCGUGCAGAAGAUAUUCCUCUGAUCAAGUCCUGGUAUAUGGAGCACGUUCCUCCCGGAAAUCCUGUCAAGGUGCGUGUAUCUUAUCAAAAGCUGCUCAAAUGCUAUGUGCUCAACGAGUUGCACCAUCGUCCCCCAAAAUCUAAAAACAAGAAAUACCUGUUUCGUCAGCUUAAAGCCACAAAGUUUUUCCAAACUACUGAAAUUGAUUGGGUCGAAGCAGGUCUUCAAGUGUGUCGCCAAGGCUACAAUAUGCUCAACUUGUUGAUUCAUCGUAAAAAUCUCAACUAUCUUCAUUUGGACUACAACUUUAAUCUCAAACCAGUUAAAACUCUGACUACCAAAGAACGAAAAAAGUCUCGAUUUGGAAAUGCUUUUCAUCUUAUGCGUGAAAUUCUUCGCCUGACUAAACUUGUUGUAGACUCGCAUGUUCAGUACCGUCUUGGAAAUGUAGAUGCAUACCAACUUGCAGACGGUCUUCAGUACACAUUUGCUCACGUUGGCCAGCUUACCGGAAUGUAUCGCUACAAAUACAAGUUGAUGAGGCAAAUUCGCCUAACCAAGGAUUUGAAACAUUUGAUCUAUUACCGAUUCAACACUGGUCCUGUUGGAAAAGGUCCUGGUUGCGGCUUUUGGGCACCUGGAUGGCGUGUAUGGCUUUUCUUUCUUCGUGGAAUUGUUCCUCUUCUUGAACGCUGGCUUGGAAAUCUUCUUGCUCGUCAUUUUGAAGGCCGACAAUCUAAAGGAAUUGCCAAGACGGUCACCAAGCAGCGUGUUGAGUCGCACUAUGAUCUUGAAUUGCGUGCUGCCGUCAUGCACGAUAUUUUAGAUAUGAUGCCUGAAGGAAUCAAAACAAACAAAUCUCGCACCAUUCUGCAGCACCUGUCCGAGGCUUGGCGUUGCUUUGCUCCUGGCACGCUGGUCCGCAUGGCCAAUGCAAAUAUUCCUUGGAAAGUCCCUGGCCUCCCUUCGCCUAUUGAAAAUAUGAUUUUGCGUUAUGUCAAAUCCAAGGCUGAUUGGUGGACUUCUGUUGCACACUACAAUCGCGAGCGUAUUCGACGAGGUGCAACUGUAGACAAAACUGUUUGCAAGAAAAAUCUGGGUCGUCUUACACGUCUGUGGAUUAAAGCUGAACAAGAACGCCAGCACAACUAUUUAAAGGAUGGUCCCUAUAUCACUGCCGAAGAAGCCGUAGCCAUUUACACUGCAACAGUACACUGGCUUGAAUCGCGUAAAUUCUCACCCAUUCCUUUUCCACCACUUUCUUACAAGCAUGAUACCAAACUAUUGAUUUUGGCACUAGAGCGUCUUAAAGAGGCGUAUUCGGUGCAAGGCCGUUUGAAUCAGAGUCAGCGUGAGGAACUUGGCUUGAUUGAGCAAGCAUACGACAAUCCACACGAGUGCCUGAGUCGUAUUAAGCGCCUGUUGUUGACCCAGCGCGCCUUUAAGGAAGUUGGAAUUGAAUUUAUGGAUUUAUACAGUCACCUUACUCCCGUUUACGAUAUUGAGCCUCUUGAAAAAGUCACAGACGCCUAUCUUGAUCAGUAUCUUUGGUAUGAAGCUGAUAAGCGUCACCUAUUUCCCGCUUGGAUUAAGCCCGGUGACUCUGAGCCUCCUCCACUUCUUGUUUACAAAUGGUGCCAGGGCAUCAACAAUUUGACUGACGUUUGGGAGUCUGCAGAUGGCCAAUGUAAUGUGCUAUUAGAAACUCGUCUUAGUAAAGUAUAUGAAAAGAUUGACUUGACGCUAUUGAAUCGACUUCUUCGUUUGAUUGUUGACCAUAAUAUUGCCGACUACAUGACUUCAAAAAACAAUGUGGCAUUGACCUUCAAGGACAUGAAUCACAUUAAUGCAUAUGGUCUUAUUCGUGGUCUUCAGUUUGCUUCGUUUAUUUUUCAAUACUAUGGACUUGUACUUGAUCUUCUUGUACUUGGUCUUACUCGUGCAAGCGAGAUGGCUGGACCUCCUGCAAUUCCUAACGACUUUUUGCAAUUUAGAGAUGGAACUACAGAGGCUCGACAUCCUAUUCGCCUGUACACUCGUUAUAUUGAUCGACUGUAUAUAUUCUUUAGAUUUACUGCCGAAGAAGCCCGUGAUCUCAUUCAGCGAUAUCUCACUGAACACCCAGAUCCAAACAACGAAAACGUUGUGGGAUACAACAAUAAGAAAGUUUGGCCCCGCGACUGUCGCAUGCGUCUUAUGAAGCAUGAUGUGAACCUUGGUCGUGCUGUGUUUUGGGAUAUCAAGAAUCGCCUUCCUCGUUCUCUUACCACCAUAGAUUGGGAGGAUAGUUUUGCAUCAGUUUACUCUCGAGACAAUCCCAACAUGUUGUUUGCCAUGUGUGGAUUUGACGUUCGUAUUUUACCAAAGAUUCGAUCAACUCAAGAAGAAUUCACUUUGCGUGAGGGUGUUUGGAAUUUGAUCAACGAGCAAACCAAGGAGCGUACGGCUCAAGCCUUUUUGCGUGUUGACGAAGAAUCACUUCAACGCUUCCAUAACCGUAUUCGUCAAAUUCUUAUGUCAUCUGGAUCUACAACAUUCACCAAAAUUGUAAACAAAUGGAACACCGCCUUGAUGGGACUAAUGCUUUAUUAUCGUGAGGCUGUUGUGUAUACACGAGAGAUUCUUGAUCUGAUUGUGAAAUGUGAAAACAAGAUUCAAACACGUAUCAAGAUUGGUCUAAACUCCAAAAUGCCAUCUCGCUUUCCACCUGUUGUAUUUUAUUGUCCCAAAGAACUUGGUGGCUUGGGAAUGCUUUCCAUGGGCCAUGUACUGAUUCCACAAUCAGAUCUUCGAUGGUCAAAGCAAACCGAUCUGGGCAUCACCCACUUUCGAUCCGGCAUGUCACACGAUGAAAAUCAAACCAUUCCCAAUCUGUAUCGUUAUAUCCAGCCUUGGGAGUCUGAAUUCAUCGAUUCACAGCGCGUUUGGGCCGAGUAUGCUUUGAAACGCCAAGAAGCUAACGCCCAAAAUCGACGACUAACUUUGGAGGAUCUUGAAGAUAGUUGGGAUCGAGGUAUUCCUCGUAUCAAUAGUUUGUUUCAAAAGGAUCGACACACUUUGGCGUAUGACAAGGGAUGGCGAGUCCGUACAGAGUUUAAACAAUACCAGCUUUUGAAAAACAAUCCAUUCUGGUGGACACAUCAACGCCAUGAUGGUAAACUCUGGAAUCUAAACAACUAUCGAGUUGAUAUGAUUCAAGCACUUGGUGGUGUUGAGGGUAUUCUUGAACAUACAUUGUUUAAAGGAACGUAUUUCCCCACAUGGGAAGGUCUGUUUUGGGAAAAGGCAUGCAGUGAUUUCAUGGUGUUGCAUAACUCUGGGUUUGAGGAGAGCAUGAAAUUCAAGAAACUUACCAAUGCUCAGCGAUCCGGAUUGAAUCAGAUUCCCAAUCGUCGUUUCACUCUUUGGUGGUCACCUACUAUUAAUCGAGCAAACGUGUAUGUUGGUUUCCAAGUGCAACUUGAUCUUACUGGUAUUUUCAUGCACGGCAAAAUUCCAACGCUAAAGAUUUCUCUUAUCCAAAUUUUCCGAGCACAUUUGUGGCAAAAGAUCCACGAAUCUGUUGUUAUGGAUUUGUGUCAGGUAUUUGAUCAAGAACUUGAAGCGCUUGAAAUUGAAACAGUACAAAAAGAAACCAUCCAUCCUAGAAAGUCGUACAAGAUGAACAGUAGUUGUGCUGAUAUUCUGUUAUUUACAGCAUACAAAUGGAAUGUAUCUAGACCAUCCUUGCUGACAGAUACUAAAGACUCUUUUGACGGAGCCACUAGUCAGAAAUACUGGCUUGAUGUGCAGCUGCGUUGGGGUGAUUUUGACUCGCAUGAUAUUGAACGAUAUACUCGUGCCAAAUUUCUUGAUUACACUACAGACAAUAUGUCCAUCUAUCCAUCUCCAACAGGAGCGAUGAUUGGAAUUGAUUUGGCCUACAAUUUGCAUAGCGCAUAUGGCAAUUGGUUCCCCGGAAUGAAGCCUCUUGUACAACAAGCAAUGGGUAAAAUUCUAAAGGCCAAUCCUGCCCUGUAUGUACUUCGUGAGCGUGUUCGAAAGGGUCUCCAGCUCUACUCUUCUGAACCGACUGAGCCUUACCUUUCGUCUCAAAACUACGGCGAACUUUUCUCUGCGCAAAUCAUUUGGUUUGUUGAUGAUACCCAAGUGUACCGAGUAACGAUUCACAAAACCUUUGAGGGAAAUUUGACUACUAAGCCAAUCAAUGGUGCCAUUCUCAUAUUUAACCCUCGUACUGGCCAGCUCUUUUUAAAAAUCAUUCACACUUCUGUGUGGGCUGGUCAAAAACGACUUGGUCAGUUGGCAAAAUGGAAGACUGCUGAAGAAGUUGCCGCCUUGAUUCGGUCGUUACCUGUUGAAGAACAGCCCAAGCAAAUUAUUGUCACCAGAAAGGGAAUGUUGGAUCCUCUGGAAGUUCAUUGUCUCGAUUUUCCCAACAUUGUCAUCAAGGGGUCAGAACUUCAAUUACCUUUCCAAGCCUGCAUUAAGAUUGAAAAGUUUGGCGAUUUGAUUCUCAAGGCAACUGAGCCUCAGAUGGUCCUGUUUAAUUUGUUUGACGAUUGGCUCAAGAGUAUUUCAAGCUAUACUGCAUUUUUGCGUCUUACUUUAAUUCUUCGUGCUCUUCAUGUGAACAAUGAAAAGGCCAAAAUCAUUCUUCGACCAGAUAAAACUGUGAUUACCGAGCCUCAUCAUAUUUGGCCGACUUUGACAGAUCAAGAAUGGUUUAAAAUUGAAACAGAACUAAAGGAUUUGAUUCUUGCUGAUUAUGGCAAGAAAAACAAUGUUAAUGUUGCUUCGCUCACUUCUUCCGAGAUCCGAGAUAUUAUGCUUGGUAUGGAGAUUUCAGCUCCAUCUCUACAGCGCCAGCAGAUUGCUGAAAUUGAAAAGCAACAACAAAACCAGUCUCAGCUAACAGCCGUUACAACCAAAACACAAAACGUGCAUGGAGACGAGAUUAUUGUUACAACCACCUCAAACUAUGAGACUCAAACCUUUUCUUCCAAAACUGAAUGGCGUAUUCGUGCUAUUUCUUCAACCAACUUGCAUUUGCGUACCAACCACAUCUAUGUCAAUUCCGACGACAUUAGAGAUUCUGGAUUCACAUACAUUCUUCCCAAAAAUGUGCUUAAACGGUUUAUUUGCAUUUCAGAUCUUCGCACUCAAAUUGCUGGAUAUAUGUAUGGAGUUAGUCCGCCAGAUGCGCCUCAAGUCAAGGAGAUUCGUGCGAUUGUAUUGGUACCUCAAUGGGGAACGCACCAACAAGUGCAUCUUCCACAUAUGCUUCCAGAGCAUGAUCAUCUCAAAGACCUUGAACCUCUUGGAUGGAUCCAUACACUUCCUAAUGAGCUUCCACAGCUCUCUCCGUUGGAUGUAACAAUGCACGCCAAAACCAUGGCUGAAAAUCCGGGUGUUUGGGAUGGAGAUAAAACCAUUAUUAUUACAUGCGCUUUCACUCCAGGAUCCUGCUCGCUGACUGCUUAUAAACUUACACCGGCUGGAUUUGAAUGGGGUCGCAACAACAAAGAUACUAGCGCAAACCCACCUGGACAUCUUCCAUCCUUUUAUGAGAAAGUUCAGAUGCUUCUGUCAGAUCGAUUCCUUGGCUUCUUUAUGGUUCCCGAGGGUGAUGGGCUUUGGAACUACAACUUCAUGGGUACAAAACACCGCGCCGAUAUGAAAUACCUUUUGACUAUUGAUAAUCCUAAAGAGUUUUAUCACGAAAUGCAUCGACCCAAUCAUUUUCUCAAUUUUAGUGGUCUUGAAGCUUCUGGCUCAAGCAUCGGUGCUACGGUUGGUGCUGGUGUCAUAGGAUCUGGCUAUGGACCAGGUGCCUAUGAAGCCGAUAUUGAUGAUCAGUUUGCAUAAAAUAAAAAUAUUGAACUGUC